UAUGAAUGAUAUGAAUCACAGCUUCACAUCUGAUUUGAUUCGCUGUGAGAUCUGACCCACGUCUACCCACGUCUGAACUCUCCAAUAACAUCAGACACAAGUGACUCUUAACUCGUCUGAAGUUUGACAGCUCGCGCGGACUGUAUCCGUUUUGAUAAUAGUAGGCAAACCUUGUUUUAAUAACACUGACGUUGUCGUUGCGUUCGGUUGCGUUCAGUUUUAACACAACUCCGCUGAUUCCUUCGGACGUCGAGGUGACAUUAUUAACCAGCGAUGGCAGACGGAGUGGUCAGGCCUGCGUCCCCCUCACCCUCCGUCUCCCUCCUGGAGAUCAAAGCAGAGGCACGGUUGGUGCUGAAGUCCUUUCUGCGUCACUCUCUCUCGAUUCCUCCUGGGGAGCGCCCUGGAAGGAUAGGAGGAGAAUACAAGGACCCAAACAAAUACAGAGCCUCAACAAAAGACAAAAUAAAGAAAGAUGCAAAUGGAUGGGACUCCUUAGAUGAAGAGAUCAGUGCCGUAGAGGAAAAGAAACAUGGCAUUAAAAAUUUAAUAAAGAGAAGACUGAGACCCCGUUCAUCUUUGAUCCGCCGUGCUAAGAAAGACGGCAGUUCUGACCCGACUCCAAACAACACCCUGGAGAAGCUGAGUCAGCUGGGACAGUCUGACAAGCCAUCAACAAAUGGAGCACACAGUUUACCCAGAAAAACUGAGGAAGAGAUAUUCCCACCAUCCUCUGCAUCUGAAGAGGAAGGUGACAAGAAAUCGGGGGACAAAAAUAAGAAAAAGAAGAAAAAACUGAAAAUAUCUAAUAUACUCAAAAAAGUGUCAUUCAAGAAAGAAGAGCCUCGUCCUCAGCGCCCAGCCUCUCUGAAUUUAAUAAGUGCUACAGAUGCUUCAAAACAUGUGGAUAGUCCUGUUUCACCAUCUCAUCCCCCUGAGUUUUAUGACGGCGUGGCAGAAACUCUGGACAGAAUCGCACAGAAACACAGUGUGAAAAAGAAAUCCCCUGUUAAACCAGAGCCUGUGCCAAGCGCACACAAAGACAGUGACAAAGAUGCUGUGGUUCAACAACUAGUUCAGAUAUUAACUUCAGAGGGGGAUGCCAUAAACGGGAAGAUAAACGCCAACCCCUUCCUGCGGUCCACCCUCACACGCCUCUCCUACCCAUCGUUUGCCAAACUCCUCGACACGUACGCCAGUCAGAGUGAGGAGCCCCCCGCUCCGGCUCCGGUCAGCCCUACGCUGCGGCGUCUCGCCAUCACCAUGGAUGUGUCUCGACGGGUGGUCACGGCCACUGGAGUUCAGCGUCUGACCGGGUAUGCUGAACGCUACAUGGAGAGCUUCGCACCAUGGGUGAGGAGUCACGGAGGAUGGGGGAACAUUGCAGACCUGGACGAUGUUCUGGAGUGUGAUUGACCUCUGUCCAGUAUGAACUCUGAAUCAUGUAGCAUGACCUCUGUGAGGAAAGGACGAACAAAAACCAGCCAACUGGGCAACUGACACUACUUGAUUAUAUGGUUUUUGUGCUGAUGUAUUUAUUUUUUUACUUGUAAUUUGACUUUUAUACCAAAAUACAUGAUUCCAAUCAUC